AUGGCAAGCCAGCGACACACACCAGGGCCAGGCCAGGGUAUCACAUCCACAGCCAAAGGAGGUUCCAACACCGCCAUCUCAAUAUCUGAGCACUCGAGAGCCGCCGGCAUCGGUGCAGAGACCAUCGACGACUUUUUGGACCGGCAACCACGAUCGGUGCUCAUCCGUCUGUACGAGAAACCAGCGUCAUGCCUCGCCAUCUUUCGAUUGUUGCCCAUGAUGGCGCGCCAGCUCAUCAUGCACAUGCUCUUCCUCGACGUACCUCUUGCAGCAGAUGACUUUUUGGCAUGGAUCAAGAGGGAAGCGAAGGGCGACUUCGAUACGGCUGUCGACAAGCUUUCCCGUCUGUCGGUGGUUCAGCUCAAGACAACAGCGGGCAAACAGAUUUUGCUGCUCAACGCAGUGUUUACAGAAGGCAUGCGCAGGGCGUUGACGGGCGGAGGGAAGCAUAGAUCUUUCGGCGUGCCUUGCGAUACCGAGGACAAGAACGCGGUGGAUGUCGCGUUCCUGGAUCAGUAUGCACGCACAAAGUGGGAGACAAUUCUGCAUUACAUGGUCGGCAGCGACAAUUCGAGUACUCCGAGAGAACCGGUUCUGUACCUGCUUCGCAGAAGCAACCUCAUGCAGCCCAGAUCGGCCUCGGGGUCAAAUGGAGGUCUCAACAUCACCAGUCGCGGAUUCCAAUUCUUGCUCGAAGACGUUAACACGCAGCUGUGGGAUCUGCUGCUGCAAUACCUCGACAUGGCAGAGGAGCGGAACAUGGAUCUGGUGGAGGUGCUCGCCUUCCUCUUCAUGCUUGGAAGCUUGGAGCUCGGCAGGGAUUACUCGACGGAAGAGCUUCCAGAAACGCAGCUGCACAUGCUCGAGGAUUUCCGCGACUACGGCCUCGUCUACCAGCGCAAGGCGUCCAGUCGACGUUUUUACCCCACACGCCUCGCGACCACUCUCACGUCGUCGGCGGCCGUACCGCUGCUCUCGAGCAAUGGAACCGAGCAGGAAGAGCGGGGCUACAUCAUCCUCGAGACCAACUACCGUCUGUACGCCUACACGUCCAAUCCACUUCGAGUGGCGGUGCUCUCGCUCUUCGUCACAAUCAAGGCGAGGUUCCCCAACCUCGUCGUCGGAUCCAUCACGCGAGAUUCAGUCAAAUCGGCGCUGGCGAACGGCAUCACGGCGGAGCAGAUCAUCACGUACCUGACGCAUCACGCGCACGUCCAGAUGCAUCGAAACGAUCCCUUGCUUCCCGUGACCGUGUCGGAUCAGAUCAGGUUGUGGGAGAGGGAGAAGAAUCGAGUGCAGCAGAAUAUGGGUUCGCUCUUCACCGACUUUACGAGUCAAUUUGACUUUGAAGAGACCAACACUGAUGCGUGGAGGGAUGAGACCCUGAAACGCUUUUCGUUCUUGCUCCACUUUCUUAUUGACGUGCAACCAUACAUCAUUGAUUCCGUUGGUUCGUCACAAAGAAACAUGGAGCUUCGUGCUCGCCCACGAUCGAAGGCAGCCCCGGGGGAUUCACAGACGCCGGCACCGUCACCAACGCCCUUGGCUUCUGCCAAGACGCAAAAGUCACCGUCUCCGGUCAACCUUGCCUCACUCCUCUACUUUUCCCUAGCAUUUCGUCUCCUGAACGCUCUCGCCACACGGACAUUCUUCCAACCAGACGAGCACUAUCAGACCACCGAGAUCGCUCACCGUUUCGUCUUCGGAUACGGCUUCAAAAGCUGGGAGUGGUCUUCCAGCCACACCGCACCUCACGAUGCAUCGUACAUCACCGCCGCGCUGCAGAACCUGCUCAAUGGUCCCGUUCGAUCCAUCUUGCACCCGCUCCUAUUCGUGCCCGGCUACGCCCUACUCAAGCUCACCGGACUGGACAAGUCGUACCUCCUUGCGCUGUUUCCUCGGCUGCAACAAGCGGUCGUCGCAGCGAUCGGCGAUUGGUACACUUUCCGACUCGGGCAACGGAUCGGCGGACCUGUGGUUGCGUGGUUCGCUGCGCUUGUCGGUGUGACGAAUCUGUAUGGUCUGUACACGGCGACGAGGACGUUCAGCAAUACGACAGAGGCAGCGAUCACAGCGGCAGCGUUGUUCUACUGGCCUUUUGUGCCGUUCAUGUCCCGCAGAUAUGAUGUGGGGACGUUUUCGACAAAGGACGAGCGAGACCAACUGGUGCAGUUGCAGGGACCGGGAUGCGAAUGGCGGCAGAUGGCUCCGCGGGAGGUGCAGUCGCAGGAUGACGUGGACUUGGACGCAAAACAGGUAUCGAGGACGGUGUACGAUCGUGCGCUGCGAAAGAGCGUGGUGCUGGCGGCCAUGGCGUGCUUGUUGCGCCCGACGAACGGCGUUCUGUGGGUGUAUUUGGCUAUCGAGAUGCUGGUCAGGCAGGUGCGAUCUCUUCGACAAGAUACCGACGCGAACCAACGUCGAAGGAAACAAGACAAUGCUGACGUGCAGGAAGGCUCGCUGAUUCCAUUUCUCGAGCUCGUCGGCGAAGCUAGCAGUCUCGUCAGCACGCUUGCGACCAUCGGCCUUGCAGCCAUGGGCAUCGCCCUCGUGGUCGAUACCGCUUACGACUACACAGCCAACCAGGCACCCAAGGGUGGGCGACUCUUGCCUGCGCUCAGCCUCGUCUCGUUCGUACACAAGAAUGUCGUUGCCAACCUCAGCAUCUUUUACGGUGCCAACCCCUGGCACUGGUAUAUCAGUCAAGGCGUUCCGGUGCUGUGCACGCUUUGGUUGCCGGCGACGCUGUUUGGAUUGAUACACGCUUUCCAAACGAGUAGUAGGCGAGGUAUAGGUGCAGAUGUGAAGAAGUCGCUGGCGAGACUCGUCUGCGUUACAGUAGCCGUCUACUCUCUGCUCGGACACAAAGAGUUUAGGUUCCUUCAGCCUCUGCUGCCCGCUCUUACGAUCCUAGCCGCAACGGGUUUGGCAGAGUCGUAUGCCAGCGCAGCGUCUCGCACACCUGCAACGAUGCUGCUUCAACGACAAGCCAGCCCUGUCAAGCAGCUGUGGCGGACACUCAAUCUCCUGCCACUCUGGCUGCGAGCGUUGCUGCUGACCUUGCAAGCAAUAGCAGCCAUCUAUCUCACUUCGAUCCACUCUGUCGCUCAAGAGCAAGUCCCCUACGAGCUUGGCAGGAUCUACCGUCAGCAGCAGCUCACGCCCUCAUCAUCUGCAGACGAGGCCGAAUUUGGUCCGGGUAUCGGGCGCAUCCACAACCUCGGCUUCCUCAUGCCGUGCCACUCAACCCCAUGGGCGACACACUUGCACGACGCGCAGCUCGUCCAACGAAGCUGGUUCGUGCAAUGUCCGCCACCACCGCCCCCCUCCGCAAUGAUCGCUUCGCAAAAGGUGACGAAAUAUUGGGAUCAGAGCGACUUUUUCUACCACGAUCCGAUCAAGUACCUCGUCGAUCGUUUCCCGUACAACGUCGACACGGACUAUCCGCCGUCACCCGAGCCGAGGCGGGAAGGAGACCAUCAUGCGUGGGACAAGGGGUGGCGACAUUCGUGGCCGAGUCAUCUGGUGGUUUUUGAGAGUUUGCUGAAGGAGGGCACGAGAAGGCCGGGACAUACGAGAACGCUCAAGAAUCUUCUCAGCUUGAAAGGGUACAGAGAGGUGGCGAGGUAUUGGAAUACGCCGAAGCACGAGGAUGCGAGGAGGGAGGGAGACGUUGUUGUGUUGGCGUACAAGGGGCCCAAGUCUCACCGGUAG